GCGCGCGACGGUGUCGGCCCGGGACUCGGAUUCAGUACGCCGACGACGCGCGCGCCGCAAUCGUCGAACAAAUCUCGUGUGCGUGAAUGCUCUCUGCAGCGGGCAGACGAACGGCGAAUAUUUACGCGAACCGUGCACAACAAAACGCGACAAGGUUGAAUUCAUUUUAAAUAAACACAGUGACGCGUGGGAACUACCACAACAAUACCAACCUAAAUAAAGUUAACAAUCUUUAUCACAAGAAACAAAGUGAAAAAUGUGAUGACUAAGUGUUUUAAGUUAAUGAAUUUUAAAAAAGGUGCCGCCCCUUUUAAUAUUUUUUAUGAGAGAAUUAAAAAUAUGGUUCGCUGAAAAUAAGUCUACAUGUUUAAUAAAAUCAAAAUUUUAUAGUCGCAGAAGCGGAAAAUUAAAUAAAUUUUUUAUUUGUUAUUUGGUUGUGUGAACUCGGAGUUAACCUGGUGUAAAUAAAUCCCUUGUAUAUUUAACUGACGAAAACAGGUUUGAAAGAAGGAUGAUAAUAAAAUAUAGAUAAAAUAUCUAUUAAACACGGCAUAAAAAAAACGUAAACUUGGUUGGACAUUUCGAGAAUAGAAACACUGUGAUUGUGACUUGGAAAUUUUGUGAAUAUUUAUGAACUAAACUUGGAAAAAUUAUAGUGGAAUAGGAAAAUCUUUUGCGACAUUACAAAAACUGUGGAAAUCAUGGACAUCAGCGAAAAGAGACUUGUGGAACAUUUUGGACUAAUAUUAAGAUAGUGAACUGAUUUUAAAUGGAUACAAGUGAGUAGUGUUAUCCAGAAAAGAUGCAUUCCUUGGAAGGAUUCGUCCUUCGAGCGCUUCUACUCGUCGUGUUUGCAACAUCAGGAUGGAGCAGUCCGAAAACAUUCAACGACGAGGAGAGCGGAUCGCUGGACGCCGAGGGCGCUGAGCUGGAACCGUUGAUCAUCAAUCGCGGUCCUUAUUUUGAUAAAACCGCGUCGAAAAAUGUCACCGCACUGGUGGGGAAAACCUCCUACUUGAAUUGUAAAAUUCGCAAUGUUGGAAAUCGUACGGUGACGUGGAUAAGACAUAGAGACCUCCACCUACUGACGGUGGGCCGUCACACCUAUACGUCCGACCAACGCUUCAGCAGCAUCCACAAUCCGAUGACGGAGGAGUGGACACUGCAGAUUCGCUACCCGCAGCGUCGGGACAGCGGUAUCUACGAGUGCCAGGUGGGCACGACGCCACCCCACGGCGUCCUGAUGACCCUCAGCGUUGUCGAGCCGAUAACAACGCUUCUGGGAGGGCCGGAAAUGUACAUUAACAAGGGAAGCACGAUGAAUCUGACGUGCAUUGUAAAACACAGUCCGGAACCGCCGCCAAGUAUUUAUUGGACUCAUAAUGGAGCGUUCGUCUUGCAGGAAAUCAACUACGACUCGCCGCGUGGUGGCGUGAGCGUCAUCACGGAGAAGGGCGACAUCACAGUCAGUUAUCUUCUAGUACAGAGGGCGCGCGACUCUGACAGCGGCAAGUACACCUGCAACCCCUCGAACGCUAAUCCCAAGAGUGUUAUUGUGCACGUUCUCAACGGUGAACAUCCAGCUGCGAUGCAACAUGGCGGCCAACUGCGACUGGAGUACCCUCUGACGGCGUGUCUGCUAAGCGUGUUUGUCGUCGUGCUAGGCCUGUAACUUGGCGUACACUACUAAAUAAUUGUAAUAAAGCAAGCAAGUUGAAGUUUGAAGUAAAGUGCAUGUGCAUAAAAUGUUACCCAAAGACAAAAUCUACAUGUGAACUUUUUAAGUUAUUAAAAUUUUAAAGAAUGUUAAAAACUUGACAUCAAACAACAUGGCGGUAAGCUCAAAUCGUAAACUGUGAGGUAAAGUAAAGUGCUGUACGUGUAAAACGAUUUUUAUAUGAAAGCAAAGUUUAAACUUGGUAAAAACCAAACUGGGAACUAAACUAAACCACAAAUGCAAAUGCAAGGAGGGAUUUUCUAUCUCGGAAACGUUUUGGUACUGUGGAGCUCUGUAAAAAAAUAGAUACGAAAAAUGUCUGAAAAGAAACGAAAAAUACUGCGCCAGGAAAACGUGUUGAACGGAUUGGCACGACCAAAACGUCGAGUCGAGUUCAUACAUAUUACGUCGAGUUGAGUUAAUAUUUGCCAGAUCUCCAUUCCGAACACGCGGAAACAUUCUGCGGCGGUAAUGGCGGCAACAGCAACAGUGCGUGUGCUAACAGUGUGUACUCAACGAAACACUCGCUGAACAAAUUCAAGCCUUGAGAAAGCUGCAGGAAAAAAAUACCAAAAAGAUCCUCAGCCAACCAGCCAACCAACCGAAUGAAAACAAAAUCCUCGACAGCCAAGAUGGCGUCGUCACCACUCCCAACGAGCAAAUAAAACAAAAACCAACAAGCGAAUAAAUAAACAUAAAAUUAACUCAAAAAUAAAUGAUUUUAUACUAAAAUUUGCGCGAAUUGUAAGUCGACACUUUCAUAAACUGCAAGCAGACAGAGUGCAACGUAAUAAAUUGAUUGUUUCAACAUCGUAUCCAAUUAAAUCCGAAUAAAGUGAAUAAUUUAAUACCUAAUGAAUGUGUGAGUGUGACACCACUGUAUUUUUUGUACAUAUGUAAUCCGAACACGCGCUGAAACGUCAAAAUGAUGGAAAUGAAACAGAGAAUUUAGAAAAGUCAGAGUAAUGCGAGACAUGCGAAACUCAUUCCAUUCAAAUAACAUGCAAAUGUAAGCAUUAAUGAGCAGCAUGCGUUAAAAAAUAUGUGAAAUGUAAAGGGGUAACUAUGAAAAGCUCAUGAUUACUCAUGACCGAGUACGUGUCACCUCGUCAAAGUCGUCAAACUCGUCUUCAUUAAAAAUUUUAAUUAGAAUAUUUAUUUCAAUGCUCGCAGAGAACAGAGUUUUGCAAAUGUUUGCAUUUUUGAAUAGGUUUCAACUUUCAGUACGCACACACUGUAUGUUCAUGCGUAAUUUGUUAUACUUUCGAGGAGGGCUCGAAAGUUUUCUAAUUUAAUUUUGUUUUAAUUAACUUUUCGGUUUGUACAAUGUCACACGCUUGAAUUUUUCAUCAAUUUUGUUUAAAACGAGAAUUUAUAGGAAAAUAAUAAUGUUAAUUCAAUUACGUAUUUAUUUUGUGCGUAAAAAUGAAAAGGGUUGAAGCGCGAAAAUCAAUUAACACGGUAAAAAUAUUCUCUUGAGUAUAACUAGAUUAAAUGUUCAAUUUUUUCAACAAUUUUUCACUCGCUCACUUUGCAAUUUUUAUAAAAUUUUACUUACACUUUAUAGUCCAUUAAUUUUUUAUCAAGUGUUUUAAUUUCAUUCUUUUUGCCUCACUUUUGUCCAAGUUUUUAUCAUCAUCGUGACGGUACACUUUGCGCGUCCGCGGCAUAUCGUUUAAGGAGGUUAAGAUAAUAAAAUAUUAAGUGCUUCUUUGCUUUUUGCUCGCCGCCACCCAGAGAAGAAAGGAUAACAUUUUGCCAAUCGCAAAAUAUUAAUUACUUUCGCACCCGAUGACAGCAACUAGCAAAAAGCACGAACCACUCAGACCUAAACCGAAAUUUUGUUUUGAUUUGCAUUCGUUCCUGCGCGUAUAAUGAAUUUCGAUUGAAUCAAUUAAUUUUAAUCAAAGCAAAUUGAACGAGGUAAUUAAUUUUGACGCGACGCAUACUAAAACGAGGAAAUUCUCUGAUUGUACAUAGAAAACAACCACACUAAUUGUUUACAUAAAACAUUAAAUAAUGAAAAAUGUGCAAAGAUACAACUAUUAACAUAAUAAUGCGAGUGUGAGGACGAUUUUAAUAAUAAAAUAACGUAAAAAUCAAAAAACAAUUUGUGUUUCAACACAGUUUAAUAAAGUUUUUGGUUUGGAGUUUUGUGAAACGAUUUGUGAAUAUAUUUAAUAACAUUAAGGUACAUACAUUGAACAAAAUGUGAUUGUCUCCUACUUAAAUUUAACAUAAAUAAACAAAUCGAAACGAAAUGAACUCAUAUAAAUACAUGAACACUAUAAAUAUACUGAUGCUGUUAUUAUUACUAACUAAUUAUUAUAAUUAUUAUUAUUGUAAAUGAAAAUAAAAUAUUUCAAACAA